AGCAAGCAACUCCUCCAGUAGUAGUUGUCACCUAGCUCCUCUCUUCGUUCUCACUGAGAAGAAGGAUCAAGUGCUUAUAAGCAAGCUACCUGCAGCUUGGCAUACAAAUCCUUGGCCAAGGUAGCUAGCCUACUGAUCUAUAUACAAACUCCUCAUAAACGCUCGUACCAAAGCAAAGAUCUCCAAAUGGCUGGCCUGUCUCUACAGCAUCCCAUGGCCUUCGCCUUCGGCCUCCUCGGCAACAUCAUCUCCUUCAUGACCUACCUGGCACCACUGCCGACGUUCUACCGGAUCUACAAGAGCAAGUCGACGCAGGGUUUCCAGUCGGUGCCGUACGUGGUGGCCCUCUUCAGCGCCAUGCUGUGGAUCUACUACGCGCUGCUUAAGUCCAACGAGUUCCUGCUCAUCACUAUCAACUCCGCCGGCUGCGUCAUCGAGACCCUCUACAUCGUCAUGUACCUCCUCUACGCCCCCAAGAAGGCAAAGCUGUUCACGGCCAAGAUCUUGCUCCUCCUGAACGUGGGCGUGUUCGGCCUCAUCCUCCUCCUCACCCUGCUCCUCUCCGCCGGACAGCACCGCGUCGUCGUCCUCGGCUGGGUCUGCGUCGCCUUCUCCGUCAGCGUCUUCGUCGCGCCACUCAGCAUCAUCCGUCAGGUGGUGCGCACACGGAGCGUAGAGUUUAUGCCCUUCUCGCUCUCGCUCUCCCUCACCGUCAGCGCCGUCGUCUGGUUCCUCUACGGCCUGCUCAUCAAGGACAAAUACGUUGCCCUGCCAAACGUGCUCGGCUUCAGCUUCGGUGUCGUCCAGAUGGGCCUGUACGCGCUCUACCGCAACGCGACGCCCAGGGUGCCGCCGGCCAAGGAGGUGACCGACGACGACGCGGCGGCGGACGGCACCUUCAAGCUGCCCGGCGAGCACGUGGUGACCAUUGCCAAGCUGACCGCAGUACCUGCCGUGUCUCCGCAGCUCCAGGAGGAGGCCAAGCCGGCCGACAACGGCACGACGCCGGCGCCGGCGCCGGCAAACGAUGUCCAACUCAACGCCGAGCAAGUCUAGAUUUCCCUCUCGCUCUCAAAACAUGCGUAUAGAUGUGUAUCCGGGUAGGUCAUAAAUUAAGCCGCCGCACGUGAAGUGGGCAAAAGCCGUGCGUGCCUCUCUGCAUGCGCAGUAUGGCACUACACGCACACAUGAUCGAUCGAGCUGCUGUGAAAGGGAUGAAAACGAGACUGAGAGAACCACCAGGAAGGGGGGUAGGGUCUCGCCCCGGGUCGUCGUAGUAGUUUGCGUCUGUCUGCUGCUGGUGCUUCAUUUCGUUCUCGCCCCCAUUGCAUGAUGUAUUGAUUUUAUUACCUUGUUAUUAUAGUUCUUGGCUAUUAAA